AAAUAUUCUUAAAACUAGUUAUCUUAAACUGAGCAUAGGGACUCCUGUCAUUUUUUUGAUCCAAAUCAAGAUUUUAUUCAGUGUUUAAGAAAAUUAAUUUUGUUAAAUUAAUCUUUUGGUUGCUAUGGAAGCUUUUGAAAAAUAGCUCCUAGGGAAUCGAUUAAUUGUUUUUGGGUGGUAGAACAGAAAAUAUAUCAAAACAAUGUUCUAUUUUUCACAGGGAUGUGUCCACAUCUUCCUGGUGUCAAUGAUGAAGGAAUGCCUGAGGAAUUGGUCAAAGGGCCCAACAGUUGAUGGAAUUCCAAGUGUUACUAUUGAGCAACUCACAGAUGGCAGGCAAAUCACCUAUAUAUGUUGGAAAGUUCACGAUGACUGGGUGACUGAGGUUAAAUACAUACGUUCUGUUAAAGCAGUUAUAUCAAGUUGCAAUGAAGAGGAAACUGCAUUAGUUAUAGGAUGUGUGAGGAGCACAAAGAACUUUCAGCAGAAGAUGAAUGAAAUUCAAGAUGCCUUUCAUAAUAGGAAUGGCCCACCUCAGCCAACAGUGGCCGUGCAGCAGAAGAGAUUGAGCUGCGAUGAGACGGUAUUUAUUAUUUCAAAAGGAGCAAAAACCUUUGAUUUUUGCAAAGAAAAUAAUUUGGUUGCUACUGGUGGACUAGACAAAAUUGUUCGACUCUGGAACCCUCAUCUCCCCCGACGACCAAUUGGUAUGCUACAAGGACACAUUUCACCCGUUAUCUUUCUCAAUAUUGAUGAAGGAACUCAUAGACUAUUUUCAAUUGCAUUGGACAAGAUAAUUAAGGUAUGGGAUAUUGAAGAUCAAAUAUGUCUCGUUACUGUGAAACCUAUUGCGAGCAAAAUCAGUGGGGAUCUGGCUGCUUGUUAUUAUUCUCAAGAACUGAAGGCACUCUAUCUUGCAACUGAUGCACUUGCACUGCUCCGACUCCAAAGCAGUGAGGAACAGAAUAAAGGUGUAUCACACAAUGAACCGGUUCUAUGCUGUCUUUACAAUAAGUUACUGAGACAAAUAGUCACUUGCUGUGAAGAAUCUGUUGUGAAAGUGUGGGAUCUGGAUACUGGCUCCCCUGUACUCGAAUUCACCACAGCUCAUGGAGAUGCUGCAAUCACAUGCAUGACUUUUGACAUCAGUGAAAGAAGGCUGAUAACAGGUAGCAGAGAUGGAAGCGUGAAGAAGUGGAACUAUCAGAAUGGCCAAUGUAUACAGACUUUGAAACAAGUUGGGAAUAGGACUGAAGAAGUUACUGACUGCAUUUACACUGAAAUAUUUAAAAAUGGAUAUAUCAUAUCUGUUGGUUGGGACAAAAGAAUCAAUGUUUUCCCGGAUAUUCAAGAUAAUUGCGAUACUCAGUACCCAUUACUCCACUGGGAAAAGGAGACUGAAAAUGGCCACAAGGAUGACAUUUUGUCUGUAGUUCUGUGUGCUGCCAAUCUGUUGGCCACCUCAAGUUAUGGUGGUGAAGUUAUUGUCUGGAAUUUCGUUUCUAGUUUCAUUUUCUCUCGCCUCCUUUCUCCAACCAACACAAACUUUCAGGAAUUGUCAGAUGAGGACUUGAGUAUUAAUAAGUUGUUGUGUAUUAGUUCACGGGCACCAUGCGAGAGAACAUCAGCAACAUUGGUUGCGAGUGGACCUAGAGGUUGCAUUCAUUUUUGGAAUAUAUUCCAUGGUGGAAAGCUGUUGGCUCACUUCCCAUGUUCCGCAUAUAGAACUACAGUAACUAGCAUGACCAUUAGUGAGGACAGCUCGCUACACCGCUCUUAA